AGGAUGUGCCCCGGAGCCGCUCCGGGUGGGAUGAGACCCCCAUGGCCAAGGGGAAGGGGCGAGAGCGCUGAUGCCGGCUGAAAACCCAGCUCUUAGUGUGGAAUAAUUCAUGCUCGAGUCUUAAACAUAUCCUCUUUUCUUUAAGUUUUUUCGCUCUGUUCAAGCCCAGCUGCGUGCAAACAGUGUGUAUUAGCGAGGUGUGGCUGCGUGGGGGUUUGGAAUCAGCUAAACACAGAAUGAGCCAGUACGGGGCUUACCCUCAGUGAUUUAGAUGUUCCAAGAGGCACCUGAGGGACCAGGGAAACUGGGAGCUGCUGAAAGGUGGAAAUGCUGACACAGGACCCGAGGGCAGGGCAGGAAGCUCCCUCAGGGGAGAGGAGAUAUUAGGAGAGGAGAUAUUGGGAUUUUAGGGAAGGGUUUUUCACUCACAGGGUGGUCAGGCACUGAACAGCUCCCCAGGGAAGAGGGGAGCACUGAACUUGACUGAACUCAAGAAGGGUUUGGACAAUGCUGUCAGACACAGGGUGGGAUUGUUGGGGUGUCCUGUGCUGGGCCAGGCGUUGGAUGAUCUUUGUGGGUCCCUUUAAAUUCAGGAUAUUUUGUGAUUCUGUCAUUUUUUCCUUAUGCUCUGCUGUUUUACGUGUCCUGCCACACCUCUAUGCUGACUGUCCUUCCUCCUGGCUUCUCUGUGCCACCUCCUCUGCCUGGCACUUUGUUCUGAGAUUAUUUGGACUCCUGUUGGCAUCCUUGGCUGCUUGGUAUUUGGGAUACUUUCUUGCUGCUCAUGUACCCCAACAUACAGUAUCUAUUGCUGCACUUCAAGAGAUUGGAAAGAAACCAGUGUUGAGGGCCCCAGCCCCCAAAAGGCAGAAGUGUGACCUCUGGGCUCCCUGCCCUCCUGGGAACUUCGUCUACCGCAUCCUCAGUGGCGGUGGCAAACAGAGGAGGCCUAAAAUCUGUUUUGAGGAUGACGAGUUUAUAAAUGAAGGGAAUUAUGAACUUGGAAGUGGUAUAAUCAUUGCCAUUGUGAAUUAUAAAACAGGAAAACUCAUAUCAAUAAAUUUUUUUGAAAUGUGGGCAGGAGAGCACUCAGGGGAGAUGAUGGAUUUCAUCAGGAAAGCACCAGAAGGGACCCUCCUUCUGAUGGCCACUCACGAUGAUGGCAGCACCAGGUUGAAAGGUGACGCCAAAAAGUUAUUAGAAGAACUGGGAAGUAAAGAAAUAAAGAAUAUAAAGUUCAGAUCAAGUUGGGUUUUUAUAGCUGCCAAAGGCUUCAAGCUGCCAGAAAAUAUCCAAAAAGAAAAGAUAAACCACUCUGACAAGACAAAGAACAGAUACAAAGGCUGGCCAGCUGAAAUUCAAAUAGAAGGCUGUAUCCCAAGAAACCUGAUCUGAACAAAUGCAUACCUCAUUAAUAAAGACAAUUCUAUAUUUUUAUAUCCAUUACUCUAAUUAAUUGCCUCCAGAACUCAAUAAGCAUCUGAACACCAGUUGUAAAAGUGGUCAGGUGCACAGUUUUUAACCUAUUUUUCCUCUCUGUGGUUUUAUUCUAAUCUGAAAACAAGUAGGUAUUUUGAUAGGAAGUGAAAAUAAAUAGUCUGGUUUGGAAAUGCAAUGUUCAGGAACUCAGUCAUAAAAUGCCAGGAUUUUGGAAAGUGAGUACAUUAUCAUUAAUACUUUUAGAGCUUUGGUGUUACUUGUUUCUUUCAGUAUGUCUUUUCUUUUGGUUCCCUUUAAGCACUAAUACACAAACAGGACUUAGUCUAAAUUGUAAUAUAAAAUCAUUUGCAAUACAGCAAAUGACUUGGGUGUCAGCUUAUUAAUAACAUUUCUUCUGUUCAGAGAAAGUAUGGCAAGAACAGGCACAUUUGUUGAGCUGCUUUUAGUGAUGUUGACAACACAGAACAGCAAUGCUAACAUGUAAAGACCAGUUACUUGAAUUAUUUAGCCAAAUUCAAGCUGCAAAUCUACAUAGUUUGAUGUAAUUGUUUUUUCUUCCUUUAAGUUCAACUUAUAUAAAAAAAUGUAGGGACUUCAUGCAAGCAUAAGUGUUGUUUGUGUUAAAUAUAGAAUCAAGUACAUGAUUGAAAGGAAGCUGUAGAAACAUUUAUUCAAUUUCCCUUUUUUUAAAGCACAGCAUGUGUCUGGACUGGUCUUAAGUGGUGUUUGUCCCCCUGUGGUUCAGACAUCUCCCAUAUGGCUGAUUCCUUAACUGAAGUUGCUUCCUGCAGCAUUCCACUGCUAUUCUAAUUAUUCCCCAACCAUAUGGAACUAACCCAAAAGGACCAAGCCAAUUACAUGGAGAAUAACUCAUCCCUAUUCUUUUUAUACCAUUCCAUGAUGUGUCUGAUGAUUGUCCUCAUCUACUCUCUCCUCCCUAGACUGAACCCACCUGUUUAAAUCUUUCCUUACAUUUUUUUUCUCAAUAUUAAAACAUUAGUUCUGUGAUUCCUGCUUGAAGCCCCCUUGGAAACUUCAAAUGAAGCUUCAAAGCUUCAAAUCUCCAACCAUGGCUGCCACUUGCAGUCACUGCUGUGUUCCCAGCAGCUUUCUGGUGUUGUGUCUCUCACCAGUCCCUAAAGUUUCCUGCUACUGUUUUGCAAACUGCUCCAUAGCUCAGGGACACUGCCAAAAAAACCAUUUAAACUAGUCUGACUCAAUUUGACUUUGGCAGACUCAGUGGUUGCUCCUUAGCACCUUGCUGAUGAGAUGGGUACAAACUGAGCAUUUCAAUAGCUGUUUCAAUGUUUUUCCCUAUUAAGUCAUUCUUCUUAAUAAUAAUAAUAAUUUUUCGGGUGGUGCCUGUGUUACUGGCAGGACAUUUAUUCCUUUGCAUCAUAAUCACCCUUUGCUACAUGCCUGAAUUAUAAAAAUAACAUAAUUACAGUGCUAAUGGCUGGCAGUCCUCAAGAAUGCCAAGCUCUGUGGCAGCCCUUAAGCUCUGUGAAGUCUGACAGCCACUGCCUCCUGCUCCAGGCCACAAUUAAUCUCACAUCAAUUACAAUUAAAUUUUACUUUAAUUUCUGUUUAGCAGCUACCAUGAAGUACAACAUUCUCAUGCUUUAUAUUUCCUCUGUUCUUCAAACUCUGUAAAAAUGUUCCACUCUUAGCACCAGUAAAAGCUGCACCCCUUUCAUUUGAAUCCAAGAUCAAAUCACUCUGAGAACCUUUCACAGCACAAAUUCUAGCAAAAUGGUCUUUAACUCUAUGGUGUUUCCACUCUUGCAGAGAUGAAGCUGAGUCACCUGGACUUGACUGAAGUGUGUUGAUAAUCUGCAGUGCUGGACAGCCAUCAUCAGCUUUGUUUUCAUUUGUUCAUGACACAGUACUUAAAUAUGGCAAGCAGAGGACUCUCAAGUACUAUCACAACCCUCUGACCUGAAGAAAUCAUGCAAAAGUGAUCACUUGCCACUUUUUCAAUCACUAUUCAGAUUAAAAGCAAUCUUGCAGAGUUG